AUAAAGUGUUCACGUUUUUACUCGCGAUAUAAAUUGUUCGUUAAAAAGAUGAAACUAAAAGUGAUGUUAUUUUUUUACGUUUUAGUAAAAGUUAUCGCUGUUAAAAGUGAGUGUGAUUCGUAUUUAGAGUGUCUUGGAUCAUUCUUUGAUAACUUCUUCUUAGGUCACACAAAUUUUAAUUUGACUAAAGUUCGUGAUAUUUUUGUACCGGGUUUCCAUGAUGUGAAUCUAGAAAAGGAAAACUUACAAAAUGUUUUAAGUGGGGUAUCAAGUUUUCUUGGAGAAGAAUUGGAAAGUGGUGUCAGUUUUGAAACUCCGACAAAUAUUUUUCAAAAUGUUAACAACAACACAGCUAUAUAUGUAAAAACUAUUAAAAUCAACGAUAAUAUUGACGAUAUUAAUGCUGAGGAAAUUCCUUUAGAUUCUAAUGCUACACGUGAAACAAUUGAAUCGAUAAAUUCUUCAAAUACAGAUACGAUUGAUUUUAUAAAGCCAUAUGUAAAUUUAAACAUUUCUAAAAUAGUUCCAAUAAAUAAUAUAAAUGUUGUAAAUCAUACAACGAUUAACUUAAUAGAUGAUAAAUUAAUAAAAAACAUUGAUGAAAACGAAAUAUCAGAUAUAGAUGAUUAUGGAAUCUAUUAUGAAAAUAAUGACAACAGCACAGAUUAUCCUGUAAUAGAUUAUAUAGAUCUAUACAAAGACACAACAAAUGAAUAUGUAGAUAUCAAGACAACACCAAUCCCAGAUAAUUUUAAUAACAAUAAUUAUGGAACUGAAACUAUACUUGAUGUUAAAAAUACAAUUAUACGUGAGAAUAAUAGAAACAAUAGCAGUAAUAUGGAAGAUAACGUAACGGAGACUUUGGACAAGAUCCUCUUCCCCUGGGUGGCGGCAAUUUAUGUCAAGAAGGAUACAAGUAAUCAAUUCGACUAUUACUGUGAUGGCGCUUUGGUGUCAGCUGGUGCGAUUCUUACUGCUGCCCGCUGCAUCCAAAACGGCAAUAUGCAAGCGAAGCCAGAAGAGUUAUUAGUAAUAUUGGGGAAAACUUCGCUUAACUCGAUGAACAAAUACGAGAGAUUUGUUAAGGUAGAAGACGUCAUAUUACAUGACAACUACACAAUGGAUGGAUUCGAAAACGAUAUUGCAAUUCUUGUAAUGGAAGAUCCGGUGGUAUUCAGCGAGCGGAUACAGCCUGCCUGCCUCGGGAUAGAGGACUACAAAGAGUCGAUCACAACUGGUUGGGCAGCUACAGGGGACUUGACUUUGAUUCAUUUAAAUACAGAUGAAAGUGUAAACUGUAACGAUAUUGGAGGGAACAGGACGUACUGCGCUGUUUAUGAUCGUGAUAUCAAAGUAUGUCCAAGUUACGGUGGUUUACACGUAACGAGACACGAAGACACAUGGCAUCUUCACGGUAUACGUCACGCUGACCCAAGCGACCGUGGACUUUGUGUGGAUAAUGUUAUCACUUUUACAGACUUGACUGACUAUAUUAAUUGGAUUAAACAAUAUAUUGAAUAAAUAAAUUUAAUUAAGUUAUUUUGUU